AUCUACCCAACACACUGUAAUAUUACUCCGUUACCAAUCGUAUAAUCCAAAGCUACGUUGUUGAGGGGGCAGCGCAACAUCAGUGACUUAUUGUUUUUUAAAUAGCAAUAUUAUAACAUUACUGCUAAUAUAUAUACAUAUAUAUAUAUUUUUUUGUAAAUCAGGCAUUCCCAGGUUUAACUGGACAAUGCAAGCAGCCAUGCCGAACUGUGCUGCCUUUCAGGCACAACUAUCCUCUAUAAUGGAGGCGUUAACUAAAGCGGCCGUAGCAGAAAUUUGCGAGCUGGUAGACGACGGCUACGCCGUGCUACACUUAGAAAUAUCCCGGAGCCAGGAGGAAAACGAAGCCCUGAAACGGAAGCUGGAGAUGAUGGAGCUGCGUAUGGCCCGGAGAUGCGGCACGAAAAGCGGGGAGCUGGGCAGCGCGGUGCACAGUCGCCUGAACGGGAUGCUGCCCUGCAGUGAGCCGAGAGCAGCGCGAAAGAAGAGUGUGCUCCAAGGAAAGGAGAAAACAUAUAACAAACAGUGGACGGUGGACGAAGGAGAGCCUGCGGCCAAGAUCAAGCCUGCUGAGAAAGAUGACGGAAGAGCCGAACCGAUCGUUAUUAAAGAAGAGAAUCUUUACGAGAGUUUGGAAGACAGCGACCAAGAAAGACGAAAGAGGAGCAGAGAGAGAGCUGAGGAGCCAUGCUCUGAUGGUGAAAGUGGAUGCUGUAUAGAUACCCAGACGAAGCUUGCGGAGGAUGCAGAGAAGCUCCCUAGACAACAGAGGACCAGAAGUGGUACUUGUGAGGACAUCGGACUGGACUCCGUUGUCAAAUCGGAACCAGAUGAUGAAGCUGGAGCCCAUCACCCUGGAGGGCUGGAGUGUGAUUUCGGCACCCUGCGUCAGAGAGGCAGCCAGCCACAGGCGUUCUUUGCGCAGGCGGCUUCAGAGACGGAAGCUGAGGAACCGGCUUGCUCUUACUCUGUAAAAGCAGCUUCGUCGGAUGUCCAGAUGGCUGGUUCAGAGGAGCAACCUGCCUCUACGGCGGGGAAAAGCCCCUGUAGUCUCCUGUCUCCUAAGAGAUCUGAGGUUGUGAUGAAAGAUGCAAACAUGACGGUCCCCAUGGCCGAUAGGGCGGAGGGACAUUCCACGUGGAGCAAAGAAAGCAUGUUGGCAUGCGUUUAUCCCCAACACGUACAAUAUGACGAUUUUGGGGAAGCACAAGAAUUGCAGUCGGACAUUCUAACCAGCAUGUGUCUCCCACUAGUGAGUGCCAGGAAGAACGCAGUUAAUUCAGAGUCGGACAUGGGUAAUCUAACCACAUCAGCAGGAGGUAAGAGUCCACGCAAAGCAGGCACCAGAGAGAAACGCUUCAUUUGUGGGUAUUGCGGUAAGUGUUUCACUUGUCCGAAGUACCUUCAGACGCACCAGAGGGUUCACACGGGAGAGAAGCCCUACAGCUGCCUGCAGUGCGGGAAGAGAUUCGCCCAGUCAGGGUAUCUCAAGAAGCACCAGAACGUGCACACCGGAGCAAAACCCUUUGGUUGUAAGCAGUGCGGAAAGAGGUUUGCCGAUUCAAGCAAUCUCAUAAGGCACAGGAGCGUUCACACGGGGGAGAAGCCGUUCAUUUGCACUUACUGCGGGGAGAGGUUCGCAGGAAAGCACAACCUCAAAAUACACCAACAGAGAAACCAUCCGGCUCUUUGGAGCGUGAGAUAAUACAAGAGCCGGAAAAGGAGGGAAUGUUUCUGGUGAAUCCACAGAGAUUUUGGGGCAGUGCUUUUCAGUCUGGAUAAAGGUCUGACGUAGGUGUUGCAAUUACGAUCGCAAUCACAGACUACUGCUCUUUUAGGAAUAAUACUAUAGAAGCAAGAAGAAGUCAGGGCGUAACUUGUGUGAUGUUACCUUGAUUUGGCUUGGGUGGUAGAUUGGUAUACCAUGCUAUUUCGAGUAAAAGAUGCCAGGAUUUCAAAAUACUGAAAUAGUGUUGCUUUUGAAAAUACUGUCAAAAUACUAUAUACUGUGGUAUAAUGUCUGGAUGGUAUGAAGCAUAAACACCCCCAAGCCUAAUUCAUGCAUCAAACCCCUGAAACAGUAUUUAAAAAAAUCCACUCAGUUAGGGUAAGUCAACCCUUCCAUUACUGUUCAAUGGUACUAAACUAUUAAUUAUUCCAUCGUGCGAGAUUUUAGCCACUGAAAAAAAAAGGUUAACCCCUCUACUAUGUUAUAUGAUGUUUGAUGAUCACAGCCUCGGUCCUACGUCUCGUCAAAAGGACCACAUGAUUCUCUUAGCUGCGCAGGAGUAGUGGUAUGUUAUUUGGUAUUGAAGGAAAUAGCACCCUCUAGUGGCUCGUAGCCAACAUCACUUGAAGUAGUUAGUUUUUCAUGCUGUCCGGGCUCAGCUCAAGGUCGGUAGCGCGUGAUGUUACAUAUUUUGUAUAAAAGUCUGACAGUUUGACCAGUCUUUACCACAUUUUUAUAUGUACUGAAAUGUCCUUUUUGUGUGUAAUAUCCUGGUAUGUGAAUCAAGUUAGUAGAUUCAUUUUCGUUGCAUUAAAGUGGUGCGUUGCUUUAACAAAUGUUACAAACGAUAUAUUGUCAAUAUAUUGUUGAUAAUAAUAUAUCGGUCCUGUUCAUUUUAAUACACUGUAAAUUUUAUAUAUACAGUACAGAUUCAUAUUCUUGUGUUGAUGCUGAUAAUUAAAUUUGUUGUAUUACA